CACAAACCAUAAAAGCAAUCAUCUUCUGUGAUCAUCACAUUCAAUCCCACUCUCCAACUCAAAAUGAAGUUCUCCAUCGUUGCUCUUGCCGGCCUUGCCAGCGCCGUCUCUGCUGGUUCUCUCCCCGCUCGCUUCUCCCUCAUCGCCGACGACAACACCCCCGUCCUCACUGAUGGCCAGUACGUCUACAUCGGCAACGACACCUCCAAGAGCACCUCCAAGCUGAUCCUCUCCGGCGGUGGCAACGGUGGUCUGACCUACCUCGCCAAGGGCGCCGUCCCCACUGCCUGGCAAAACCUGUACAUCAUCGAGAACAGCGUCUCGCCCAUCUCCUUCACCCAGCCUCACUCCGGCGCUGUUCCCGACAACGCCAACACCACUGGCUUCGGCGUCAACGAGCAGGGUUACCUGACUCAGGGCGGUAGGGCCUGGUUCGCUGUUGACGGAUACGGCGAUGUCCCUGCCAAGGAGGUCUACUGGUACGGUGCUCACAACUCGGAGUACAAGGCUGCCAACCUCAAGGUUCAGGAGUGCACUACCAAGGAGUGCUAAAUGAGUUGAUACCAUGGCACACACACUUUGUUUUGUAAAUGUUGAGUGGGUAUAUCGGGGAUGGAACAUAUGA